CUCCCUACUAGUAGAUCCACCAUUAUUACUUCUCUACCAGAGCCACCAGACUCCACGACAAGACCCCCCCUCUUCUCAGUACCCUCCUCAUGCUGUAAGAACAGUGUGUGAUGGUACAGGACCAGUCUGCACAUAGUAUGAGUCAGGAACACCCAACGGUGGAGGAAGUGCCUUUGAUGAUAAUGGAAGCUCGUGACUCAGACAGUAUGGAGGAGCUGUGCCUGGAGCCCAGCGCAGACUACCAGACCAUGAGACAGAAGAUGCACCAAGAUGCCAACAACAGUCCUGUAGCCAACGGUGGAACCUACUUUGAAGACAAGAUAUCUAUUCCACAGUCAGAAGAUUAUUCCUUUAGCUUCAGAAAGCUGUGGGCGUUCACAGGACCAGGGUUUCUCAUGAGUAUUGCAUACUUAGACCCUGGGAACAUCGAGUCCGACUUGCAGUCGGGAUUUGUGGCUCGCUACAAGCUUCUCUGGCUGUUGCUUCUCGCCCACAUCAUGGGGUUGGUUCUACAGAGACUGGCAGCCAGACUGGGGGUGGUGUCAGGCAUGCACCUGGCAGAGGUGUGCCACUCACAGUACCCCAGGGUACCAAGGCUUGCCCUGUGGGUGAUGGUGGAGAUAGCUAUCAUUGGUUCUGACAUGCAGGAAGUUAUCGGGUCGGCAAUAGCCCUCAAUCUGCUGUCUGCUGGGAAAAUACCCCUUUAUGGAGGCGUACUUAUAACUAUCACAGACACCUUUGUGUUCCUGUUUCUAGACAAAUAUGGUCUGCGUAAGCUGGAAGCCUUCUUUGCCUUUCUGAUCACCGUUAUGGCCUUAACUUUUGGAUAUGAGUAUGGAACAGUGGGACCAAACCAGGUUGAGGUGCUGAAGGGCUUGUUUAUCCCAGGCUGUGCAGACUGUGGUUAUAAAGGUGCAGCUCAGGCUGUAGGGAUCAUUGGUGCUGUCAUCAUGCCUCAUAACCUCUACCUGCACUCUGCAUUGGUCAAGUCCAGAGAUGUAGACAGAAACAAGAAAGAAGCCGUGAGAGAAGCCAACAUGUACUUUUUCAUCGAGGCUGCCAUUGCCCUGUUUGUGUCCUUCAUCAUCAACCUGUUUGUUGUGUGUGUGUUCGCAGAGGGCCUUCACAACGUCACCAAUCAGCAACUGUAUAACAUGUGCACAGAGACUGGAAACCCACAUGCUGCUAUAUUCAACACUACAGGGGAGGUGGAAGUUGAUAUUUAUAAGGGGGGUGUGUUUCUGGGCUGUAAAUAUGGCAUUGCUGCCAUGUACAUCUGGGCUGUGGGCAUCCUGGCUUCAGGUCAAAGUUCAACCAUGACAGGGACUUAUUCAGGGCAGUUUGUUAUGGAGGGUUUCCUGAAUCUUCAUUGGUCGAGGUGGAAAAGGGUGCUGCUGACGAGGUCAAUUGCGAUUGGUCCGACCAUCUUUGUGGCAGCCUUCAGAGGGGUCAACGACCUCACGGGCAUGAAUGACUUCUUGAAUGUGUUGCAAAGUCUUCAGCUACCCUUUGCUCUGAUACCCGUAUUGACCUUCACCAGUAUGUCUGGUAUAAUGGACAUCUUCAAGAAUGGAGUGUUAAACAAACUCCUGGUCUGCUCCCUGGCCAUAGCUGUUUUAGGGAUCAACUUCUACCUAGGGUUCAUCUCCAUCAAACAGUUACCCAACCACUGGGCACUGUACACCUUCAUAGCUGUACUUGUGGUGGCUUACAUCACGUUUGUUCUAUAUUUGGCAUGGAGAUGUUUGAUAGCCUUGGGUUCCAAAUGUCUUGAAAAGCUUGCUUGUUGUCAAACUACACAACCAACAUAUCACCUGGACCAAAUGAGUGAACUCCAAACAUCAGACAACCUUUUCUCAUCUGAUGAGGAAGUGGACCAAAGCAGUAACGCAGUACAAAAAGCAGACUAGAAAAAAAAGAUGUUUUACAUAGAGUCUAUUUAAUAUACAUUUGUCUCUGUAUUAAUGUAUUGAGGCAAAUAAAGUUAUUCUGCAUAAUACUGUGAAUGGCAGAAUUGGCAUAGUUUGUUACGGUAAGGGUAAGAGUUACCAAAAUUCAGGGAAAAAUUUGCAAUACAUUUUAUCUAAGAAAUUGUGAUACAAACUCAAAUGGAAAUCAGUAAUGGUAUAUUCAUAUCAGCAUUCAAAUAAUGUAAUUUACAAGGCAAAUAAUUUUGAACUUUUGUACAUGACAACAGUAAUGUCUCUGCCUACUUACUUGCCAGUAAAAUUUAACCACACUCUUCAUUCCUCAGCAGUAUGUAUGUAGUAGGACCAAAUGUAAUAGAGGUAGGGGUAGGUCAGUCUAUUGUUUAUUUAUUAUUAUAAGUGUAUUUUACCAUGUUUGCAAUUAUAUUAUUGUUUAUGUAAAACUAUGUGGCAAUAUAAGGUAAAGAGGCCAUAGGGCUUAUAUAGCACAUACUGUAAACUACAUGUUUCAGUGUUUAAUAUGCCAUUGUUUAGUUGCAGCAUUCCUAUGGAAUAACAUGAAAUAUUACACCUGACUGAAGCCAAAGAUGUAUUUUAACCUCCUUGGAUAAGCCAGUGAACAUUACUUUAGAAAUACAGUAUAUGAUUGAUUUCAGUUGAAGGAGAUUGUUAAACGAAAUUCACCCAUCAAAAUCAACAACACUUUCCAUUUGACCAGUACUAUCCACUUCAAUCAAAAUGAAAAAAUGCAAAAUAGAAAAUGGAAAAAUCAGAAUUUUCUGACAGACACAAAGCACUCUAUCAUUGGUCGAACAGCUAAUUGCCAUCUUAUCAUUGGUUGAACUGCUAAUUGUGAUGGACAGUUAUGAUUGGUCUGUACGUUUAUUAACAAUAUUUUUUGUCAUUAUCUAAAUUUUUUUCUUUUAAAACGGGAUCACCAUGAGGCUGGUCCAAUGGUGAUAACAUACUAGUAAUGUCAUUCCUUUGAUCUGUCAUUUCAUGUUUUUAAAGACUUCAUUUUUGAUGAUCGUAUUUAUUGGCAAUUGGGAGAAAAAGAAUUACUGAGGUAAUGAAUAAAGGUUGUGGUUUGUAUGAAAGGA